AUCUGAAGAUGGCGGAUAGUUUGUUUUGAAGGUUAAUUAUUAGUUAUUAUUUUUGUAUGUGGUGUUUGUAGAGAGUUAUUUGAUUGAGAGAACGCAGAGAAAAUUAUUGGCAUACGACUCGGAUUACCAAAAAAAAAGAACAAAGUAAGCUAAUGAGAAUUUGCUUAAUCAAACUAUGAGUAGUAAUCACAGUAUGCAGGUGGUUUCAACCCCUGCAAACAGUGGUGGUGGAAAUGCGACCCGCUUAAGAGACAUUGAGCAUUUAAGUCAACUCUCAGACAACCUAUCAAGCCUAUUCAUGAAUCCUGAUUACUCGGAUGUAACUUUUCUUGUUGAAAACCAAAAGUUAUAUGCUCAUAAAGCAAUAUUAGCAGCACGGAGUGAUUAUUUUCGAGCAUUAUUAUAUGGUGGUUUAAAGGAGUCCAAUCAAAGUGAAAUUGAACUCAGUGAUGCUCCACUUGAAGCUUUCAAAACUCUAUUAAAAUACAUUUAUUCUGGUCAUAUGUAUUGGAGAAUAUUGAAAGAGGAAGUAAUAUUGGAUACACUAGGUUUAGCAAAUAAAUAUGGCUUUAGAGAAUUGGAAAAGGCAAUUUCAGAUAUUCUCCAACAGCUUUUGGCAAUGAAAAAUGUGUGCGCCAUUCUUGACACAGCAAGACUUUACGGUUUGGAGCAGUUAGUGCAAGUAUGUAGAAGAUUUUUUGAUCAACAUGCCACAGAGAUUUUGGUCCACGAAUCGUUUACGCAACUAUCGCAAGAUACUCUUGUCGAGCUGCUAGAGAGGGAUUCCUUUUAUGCGCCUGAAGUAGAUAUAUUUAAAGGCGUCAGCGCUUGGUGCAAUGUUAACCGCGAUUACAAUGAUCGCGUGAUGAAUUGUGUUAGGUUGCCAUUAAUGACGGUCACCGAUUUACUAGCGUUUGUUAGACCAGCCAAACUAGUUAAACCUGACACGCUCCUUGACGCAAUAGCUGAAAGAACGAGUUCUAGAAUUAGCAGUUUACCAUAUCGUGGUCAAUUAUUGGUUGACGAAAAUGUUGCUUGCCAGAGUAUGGGUUCACAGGUGAUAGCUGGAGAGCUAAUGGAAGCUUUACUGGACGGAGAUCAUUACAACUAUGAUCUGGAGAGAGGAUAUACAAGACAUGCUAUUGGCGCUGGUUGCGAUCAGUGCAUUAUAGUUAGACUGGGAAAACCUUCAAUCAUCAAUCACAUCAAGAUGCUAUUGUGGGAUAAAGAUUUAAGAUCUUAUUCCUAUUAUAUUGAGGUUUCAAUGGAACUUAAAGACUGGGCAAUGGUCGUAGAUUACAGAAAAUGUGCGUGCCGUUCAUGGCAAACAUUGUAUUUUGACACGCGCGUCGUGCAAUACAUAAAAAUUGUGGGAACCCACAAUACCGUUAACAAAGUAUUUCACUUGGUGUCAUUCGAGGCUUACUACGAAGAGAACAUCCCCACUUUGAUUGACGACAUUAUUUGCCCUAAUUAUAAUGUGGCGACUCUGCUCAAAAGUGCGUAUGUUAUAGAAGGUGUUUCGCGGUCUAAAAAUGCACUGUUAAAUGGAGACACUAAACAUUAUAAUUUGGAUUCUGGAUAUACUUGUCAUCAAUUAGGAUCCGGUGUCAUCCUAAUACAAUUAGGUCAACCUUACAUUAUUUCGAGUUUGCGAUUGCUCCUUUGGGAUUGUGAUGACAGAAGUUAUAGCUAUUACAUUGAAUCUAGCGUUAACAUUUGGGACUGGGAAGUUUUGGUGGAUCGAACGAGGGAGAACUGCAAAUCUUGGCAAGUGGUGACGUUCCCCCCGAAACCCGUUGUUUUUAUUCGAAUCGUCGGAACUCGGAAUACUGCAAAUGAAGUAUUCCAUUGUGUACAUUUCGAGUGCCCUUCGAGCGAGCAAGUGGAUUGGAACGAGACAAUGAGCGAACAGAAACCGGAAACAUCAAAACGGAUGUUGACUGUAUCCAAUGUUGCUGGUGGGUCCGAUGGAGGAAACGGUCAACCCACAGAAACGGCUACAGAAGCCGAAGAGUUGCCAUUCGCUCUAGAGGAUUCAAUUGACUAAAAUAUCAUUGAAACUCAACAUCCCUUCUAUUUGUUCUGUUUAUUUUUCAUCGUCAUUCUUGCUAACGUUUGCGUCCCCCAACAUUGGUUAAUCUUUUUUUUUAUUUAGAUAAAUUAAUUUAUAGGCGGUCGCGGAUAUAUUGUGAUUAUUUUUGUUUUACAUUGACGUUUAUAUCUAUAUAUAAAUUUGCUAUUUAUUAGGUUUUAAGGAAAUUAAGUAUUAUUAGGGCUACUUACUAAUGCACACUUAUUAGAGAACGUAUAUAAUAAUAUCAAUAAAGUUGAGCAUUUUCAUAUCAUUAAAGAAAAAAAAA